AUGCGGCCGGGAAAAGACGCGGAGGCGAAGCUGUCGGUGGAGAACGCGGUGUACGAGAGCGACGUGUUUCGUAAGAUGCACUGCGAGCUGGCGUGGGGCGACGGUGGGUUCGAGGUGCUGCACGUGGUGAUGUAUCCGUGGGCGGAGCGCGCGGCGCCGGUGUUCGCGGCGGACGUCGUCGGCUUCGGCGGACGCGUGUCGCUGUGCAUCGCCGACGUCGCGCCGGUGACGAAAGAUUUGAGCCUGCCGAGAUCUUACGUCGACGCGCUCGCGCCCGAGCUCGAACGCGCGCUCGGGGACGGGUUGACGCGACGCGAGCUCCCGGACUGGGGCCGCGCGAUUCUCGGCCCGUUGUGCCUGUGCGUCGGUCCCAAAGUCGGCGACGACGCCCGAGCCGACGUCGACGCCUUCUUCCGCUACGCUUUCAAGCUUCACGACGCCAACUGCGCGCUCGCGAGCGCGCCCGAACUCAUUCUUCCGAGCGAUUCCUCCGUCGCGCUCGACGCCCAGGUUCGAUUUUGCGAGCGUCAGCUCGAAAACGUCAAGACUCGCAGAGCGCUCGAGCGCGCCUUCGGCGUCGAUCUCACCGAUCGUUACAUGCGUCAGGUCUUAUUCGACGUCACCCCGUCCACGCCGCGCCGGCCGUCGUGA